GCUGGUAGAGGCUUUGAUCCUUCCUAGAAACCCUGCCCUGUCCAGGAGGAUGUUCCCCAGCUACAAGGUGAAAGUCACAGGCAUGAACCCCAAGACCAAGUACAUCCUGCUGAUUGACAUUGUCCCUGCAGAUGACCAUCGCUACAAGUUUUGUGACAACAAAUGUGUUUGGUCAGGGACUCACCAGCUCGUCUACGUGAUGGCCCAGGUCGGCAGCCUCAGGUCCACUGCCCAGAACAGGGCUGCAGAGCUGAGGGGGUCAGCAGAUGGUGGUGCAGCUGCUGCAGGAAGGCUCUUUGUGCCCCCGGCCCCCCCUGCCACUGGAGCCCACUGGAUGCGGCAGCUGGUCUCUUUCCAGAAGCUGAAGCUGACCAACAACCACCUGGACCCCUUUGGCCAUAUCAUUCUUAACUCCAUGCACAAGUACCAGCCACGGCUACACAUUGUUAAGGCUGAUGAGAACAAUGCUUUUGGCUCCAAAAACACAGCCUUCUGCACCCAUGUGUUCCCAGAGACCUCCUUCAUCUCUGUGACCUCCUACCAGAAUCACAAGAUCACACAGCUGAAAAUUGAGAAUAACCCUUUUGCCAAGGGAUUCCGGGGGAGUGACGACAGUGACCUGCGUGUGGCCCGGCUCCAGAGCAAAGAAUAUCCCGUGAUUUCUAAAAGCAUCAUGAGGCAGAGGGUGGUCUCCACCCAGCUCUCAUCCAAGCCAGACGUCAGUCCCUUGCACGGCGCCCACCAGGCCCUCCAGCAUUACCAGUACGAGAACGGUGCUCACAUGCAGUUCGCCGCAGCAGAGACCCAGGACCUUCCUCUCAACACCUUCCCUACCCAGAGGGACUCGAGCCUCUUCUACCACUGCCUGAAAAGACGAGACAGUGCCCGCCACCUGGACUUACCCUGCAAGAGAUCCUAUCUGGAAGCUCCCUCUUCGGUGGGGGAGGAUCACUAUUUCCGUUCUCCUCCUCCCUAUGACCAACAGAUGCUGAGCCCCUCCUAUUGCAAUGAGGUGACCCCGAGAGAAGCCUGUAUGUACUCAGGUUCUGGGCCUGAGAUUGCUGGGGUGUCUGGGGUGGACGACUUGCCCCCACCCCCGCUGAGCUGUAACAUGUGGACUUCGGUGUCCCCGUACACUGGCUACAGCGUUCAGACUGUGGAGACUGUGCCCUACCAGCCCUUCCCCACGCACUUCGCCACCACCACUAUGAUGCCUCGGCUGCCCACCAUCUCUGCUCAGAGCUCUCAGCCACCAGGAAACACCCACUUCAGUGUCUACAAUCAGCUCUCACAGUCUCAGGUCCGAGAGCGGGGGCCCGCUGCCUCAUUCCCGAGAGAGCGCGGCCUCCCUCCAGUGUGUGAGCGGAAGCCGCCCUCUCCACACCUGAACGCUGCCAAUGAGUUUCUCUACUCCCAGAGCUUCUCCUUGUCCCGGGAAUCCUCCUUGCAGUACCAUUCAGGAAUGGGGACUGUAGAGAACUGGACUGACGGAUGACUCCCAGGUCUCCUUGACAGUCCCAGGACCACGUUAACCGGCAUUAACCUUUGUGGGUAGCCUGCACUACCAAGAAACACAGGAAAGUACUUCAAAGGAUGUGUGUGGGGGUGUGCGUGUGCGCAUGCAUGGAUGUAUUUGGAAAGCUUCUAUCUUCUGACAUACAACGGAGGUCACAGCAAAAAAGAAACACAAAAUCCAACAACCAAUUAUCUAAGAAGUGUUAUUUGACCCCACUUGACAUGCUCAUUGGUAGGAUGGGAAUGGAAGGUUCAUCUGAGUUAGAGGUUUUUGAAUAAUAGAACCUGGGUUUACUCAGGGACCUAGUGAUGCGGGCUCUGCCACCAGGUAGGCCUCCCUGCUGGCGUGGGAGGGCUCUGUGCACAGCUAUGGGUUCCCAGCCUUCUAUUUUCAAGGGGAGCUGAGAAUCUUGUUUUCAGAGCAAGAGGCCCACUUUGGCUUCUGGAGAUUUUGUGAGACUACCAGGAGGUGGCUCGGCCAAGUCACGAGGUGUGGUUUGA